UCCCACCCCUCGGGGCGUUGCUGAAGGACCAGGGUGGUCUGCGAGGGGGCCUUACCCUUAUCCAAGUACAGCUCCAGCACGCACUCCCUCCCACUAGCAGGGAUCUCGAGCUGCCAUGUUGCUCCUCUUGGGAACGUACGUCGGUGCGGGAGUGCUGGGUGUGCCUCUCCCUCUUCCUCCAUAUGUGUGUGAGUGUGUAGGCAAGCCAUUGAUAAAUAUGGCACAUGCUGCCCCCGAAUCAACUCUUUCCCAUCCUGUCCAACCCACAUAUAUCAACUCCGACAACACACUUCGAAGAUAUAUAUUCCACCUCACCCCUCUUCUCAAGUCGAGUACUUCCAACAAUUCACCUUACAACACCUCCUACCCUCCCCCACAUACUCGACUACUAUCCUCUUCCUUUCUUCACAAUGCAUCGACACGCUGGUUACCAGUAUGCCGCUCCGGCACCCACCACACACAGAUACUCUGGCACUUCAAGUGCCUUCAGUGCUUCUGCCAACCCCAAUGAAGAUUGGACCAAGAUCUCAGACCUUGCAGAACGCCGCAGGAUACAGAACCGCAUUGCCCAGCGCAACUACCGCAAGAAGCUAAAGAAGAGGCUCGAAGACUUGGAGCGUCGUGCUGCUUCCAGCUCUGCUUCACCAGAGCAGAAGCCGGCUGAGCUUCAGCUGCCAACUCGUUCACCCCGCCAGGAGUUCCCCUCCCCAGCCUCAUCAGAGUCCGACUACAGCCGUCGUACUCCCGAGCUGCACAACCAGUACAUUCAGCCUCAUGACGAACGCGGCAUGUUCUCGCACCAGUACACACGCCAGCUUUCUACUUCCCCACCACCAUUCUCGUACUCGACGUAUCCAGCUCCCGAGACGGCUGCAUACACUGUGCCAUACAGUGCACCACAGGCGCCCUAUCACGCAGUGGUAACCACUGCCACACCGGAGAUGCCCGUCUAUACACCAUACCUCCCACCACUGUCGUCUGCCUACCCCACAACUCUUCCAAGUCUUGUGCAUCCCAUGAAGAGCGAAUACUAUGCCGACGAAGAGAUAAGUCCAUUUGGCGUAGGCUACGCUACGAUGGCGGGGAUUGAUAUCCCCCCUCCACAUCCGUACUCGGAAGCCGAAUCUGCUCAUGUAAAGCUCCCUCCCCGAAAAGCAUAUUUCGCACAUUAGAGUCCUUUCCAUUCCAACCAUGCCACUGCAUUGUUACGACGAGCCACAACGCUGACAGUCAGUGGCAGACACCACCACUCUCUGAGUGCUUCGAAUCAUCGCUAGGUGGAUCGCCGCCAGAGUCAGGUUUCCCAACGACACCCAACUCUUUGCCGCGAACUCCUCCCAUGACCCAUAUUCAGAUCUGUUGAACAGUAUUUGGGCCGCG